CUUGACAGUAAGAAAUUAUUGAUAAAAAUUUCGUCGAUGUGAUUAUUCGUGAUUACAGAGUGAAAUGAAAUCCAUUUAUUGAAAUUAUAUACCCAGUAAUCAGAUAAAUGAAAAAUGUUCACAUUAAAUAAUCAAAUAAUUAUGGAAUCGGAAUUAAGGAAAGUGACGAUUUCUAGUCUUGUAACAUGUAUUUAUUUACCUAGUUUAGUCACAUUUAUUUCGUACAAAGGCUUACUUUAUUCCGUUGGGAAUGCGUCUUCUUUUUAUAUGUUAGCUUUAAUUUUCUCGGCGGAGUUGCUGAAGUCCCUCUAUCUCAAUGUAUCCAGUGACAUUCAAGCGAGGAAAGCGAAAGCCAGCAAGAGCCGAGCGGGAGAUAUACUGAAGUCUCUAUUGUUCCUGCUUGUUGUAUUGUUCAGCUACUUUGUCGGAAUCAUAUUGUUUGGCGCGCCGCUUCUCGAUAGCCAUGAGGAGACACUGAUGCUGGCCACAUUGAUGACUUUACUGACAGUAUUUCCAUUGAUUGCGCACACUGGAGUGGAGGCGUCUAUGCAAUUGAUGUUUGGACUAAAGACUUAUGGCAAGGACACAAUUAUACAGAUGCUUAUCAACAACUCAUUGUUGGCUGUCGCUGGGGCGUGGCUGGGAGCAGUAGUGAUUCCGCUGGAUUGGAACACUCCGUGGCAGCAGUGGCCGAUACCGUGUUAUCUUGGCGCCAUUGGAGGAUACUUACUGUCAAAUGUGCUGACUGUAUUGAAAGUAUGUCUGAUGGCAGCAGCUCAGAAAUACCCAUCUCUGAAUUUUGUUGUUAAUAUUAUGAACACUCUUCACAAUACCAAGAGUAGGAUAUAAUUUGUUCCCACUGCUAUUUAUUUAUUAAAUUUAUUUAAUAAAAAAUUCAGAUUAUCACUAAUAAAUCAUUGUAUUUUUAAUCAAUUUCCUGUUUAACAGUUUAUGAUGUGAUGUAUUCUUUAAUAGUAUUAAUUUGAAGAUAACUAAGAUUUAUAGUAAAACUGCAUUUCAAACUAUUGGGCUUGUUUAGAAGAUUAAUGUACUAUUCUAUUUUUUAUUAGGUGCACAUAACAUUAUAUUUAAUUUGUCUUGU